ACUGUGUCUCGAUAGCUCAUGAAUUCUCGCGAUAACUCUUCAUCGAGGGGAGUGUCAAAUUCCAAAAGAGAGGAGAGGGGAGCCAGAGAGAGGGGCGCAAGGUUACAUUGCAAGCUCUUUGUAAAAAUGGGGGAUGACAGACCUUUUGUGUGCAACGCUCCUGGCUGUGGACAGAGGUUUACUAAUGAGGACCACUUGGCGGUACACAAACACAAGCAUGAGAUGACUCUGAAAUUUGGACCAGCCAGGACUGACUCUGUUAUUAUUGCAGACCAGACACCUACUCCCACACGCUUCCUGAAGAACUGCGAGGAAGUUGGUCUCUUUAAUGAGCUGGACAGCUCUUUCGAACAAGAUGAUGAAGACAAGAGGGCCAAGAACUCUCUCCCUUCUGCCAACACUGUGGCUUUGGAUAUGAGUCUUCAGACGCCAUCAGAUGUGAAGGUGAAAAAGGAGGCACCUGUAGAGGUUGAUUCCUCGCCACCAGGCAGCCCUGAAUCUAUAUCUGGGAAUUCAGACAGCUACCAAGAGCCUGUAGUUAAAGGAAAGGACACACCACCUAGGAAUUCAGCUCCUACCCCAACUAUUGUGCGUCCAGGUUCCCUUCCUCUACAUUUGGGCUUUGAUGCUCUCCAUCCCACCAUGCCGUCACCCACUUCUGUUAUCACACAGGCACCACCUUCAAAUCGCACUUUGGGUUCACCGACCAGCCAUUACCCGAUGAUGAUGCUUCCCUCUGGUCAGGCAGUGCCCGUGCUACCUGGUCCCGUACAGAUGCCCUCUGUCAUUAAUCUGGCUCGACCCAUCUGUAUGGUGCCCAACAUUCCUGGGAUCCCCGGUCCUCCUCUGGGAGGCAGCAGCAGCGGCUCUAACUCCCCCUCUGGCUACAGCAUCCACUCAGAAGCCAAGAUGCGUCUGAAGGCUGCACUCUCCCAGCAGAGCCCAUCAGGACACAGUAUGGGAGCCAUGGCCAUGGGCAGUAGCCCCAUGGUACCACAAAAAGCCGAGCAGAGCCAGCUUCUUGUCCAGCAGCCAGACGCACCAUCACCUGCACAACCUCAGGUAUCUCCAGCACAGCCUACAGGUGGGCGUCGACGGCGGACGGCAGAUGAUGACCCAGAUGAGCGAAGGCAGCGUUUUCUGGAGAGGAACAGGGCAGCGGCAUCUCGCUGCAGACAGAAACGCAAGCUAUGGGUCUGUUCUCUGGAGAAGAAGGCUGAAGAACUCAGCACUUUGAACGUCUCACUGUCGAAUGAGGUGUCACUUUUAAGGAAUGAAGUGGCUCAUUUGAAGCAGUUGUUGUUGGCCCACAAGGACUGCCCUGUAACCACCCUACAAAAGAAGACUGCCUACUUAGCUGCAGAGGAGAACAUGAAAGACACCUCAGAGCCUACAGGUUCCCCAGCCCCAGUGAUUCAGCACAGUUCUUUGGCGCCCAGCCCUUCGGCAGGUCAAAACGGCCUUAACUCAAGGGCAGCAGCUGAGGCCAUGGCCAUGUCUGUGCUGGCAGGAAUGGGCCAGCAGCAGAGGGCUGAGAGUGGACCCUCUCACAUUAUCAUGGCUGCACAGUCUCAAUCUGCUGCCAGAUGAUGAGCAGUGUCACCACGACCCAGACAUCACCCAGGGGUAGAAAAGACGAUCUUCAACUUUAAAAGUCAUCAAUUCACAUCUCCACCAUCAACGCUUCUCUUUUUAUCCUUCCUGCGGAGUCAUCAUGCUGUGGCCUGGCGCUCAGCAGCAGCCUUCUGGUAAUGGACUGAGACUUUUGAGAGAGCUUCCUGUUGACUUUUGCCAUAGACUACAGGGGCUGGACUCCAAUAUCCCUCCCCUUUGCCUUCCUGCUCAUCUCUCCUCACCUGUCAAAAUGACUCCUCUUCAGACUGUAAAGGACUGCGCCGGUAAAUCUGCCAUGAGGAACUUCCUAUGUGAACUGAUACCACACUUGUACACUGUUUCAAACACACAGGCAUCACAUAAACAUUUUUAUCAUAUCAGAUACCAAAAAACACACACGGCUUGUCACAGUCCUCAGCAGGGAAAAGUGCCUCGCGCUUCUCGACAUGUUAGCCACACUCAUGCCAUUACAGCAUACGUCCCUGCACAUCUUCAUAUAGUUCUCUGACUUUACUCAGACCUUUUGCUAAUGGUUCCACCUCAAGGUAAUGUCAACAUGGACCCAAAAACUUUACCUCAUAUACACCCCUCUAUGAUAAAAUGUAUUAACUGUGUGUGAUUUUAUAUUUAUAUAUACCAGAACAUUGCAGUACGGCUACUCCUGAUCUGAUGCAUUAUAAGUUGGAUUGUUAGCAUGUUACUUUUUCUAAUUGAGUGUUCUGUUCUGAUAAAGUAUCUGCAGCUAUGUUGUUUAUCUAAUUGGCACAUCCUUACAAAUCCACAGAACAAAAAAAAAAAAUAAAUAACUUUGAUUAUGGCUUCAAUUCUGUUCGUUGGCAAAUGUGGUCAUCUAGCCUGAAGGGAAUUGAGUUUCUCCCAUUCUUCACAUAUUUUUUAAGUGUGAAAAUAAGCUGAUCAGCUGGUUGGUAGGUUGGCAGCCUUUUCACUGUUAUAACUGUUUUUAUCUGUGUUGUCCCUGGACUUCAUUUAACUGUUCUUGUCACACUUCUCAGGACGUCCUUCCUGCUUCUUGGAAGUCCGAUGAACCCUGUUUGUGUCUGUUGUACCAAACUAAACUAAGCCAUAAUUACAACAAAACAAAUCUCUGAAUCUCCAAAGACCACUUGGUACUUGUUUUGAGACAGGAAGCAAAUAACCUGAGUGUUAUUUUGUGAUGCAGACGUUAAAGUAACACAGCCCACAGUAUAUCACUGCUUGUUAGUUGCACUUAGAUUCACACACAAUGCCUGAUGAUUUUUGCCUUAAGACCACAUGGGUGCCUCCAAUAUCCCCACAUCGAUGUACGGAGAUUUGCUGAUUUGAAAAACUACUCAGCCUUUAUAGAGCUUUUUAUAUAUGCUUUGUUCAGAUGAAAUACAGCCAACAAGGAACAAAAGGUCUGGUAAUUAGCUAAAGAUUUCUCAAAGCCUUCAAGUCUGUUCAAUUGACAGAAUACUAUUUUUAAUAUUACAGUUCAUGUCUGUCAUCUGGUGGAGAAACGCAGCAAAGACAUUAUUUGCAACAGAAGCUGUAAGGUCUUGUGACUUUCUAAAAAGCUCCAGUUCUUUAGAAAUCUCACCAAUAUUUUAGCAAAAUAUAUUUUGCAUAAACUUUGAAGCAAGUUGUCUGAUUUUCUUGCUUUUCUCAUACAUUUCUGUCUUCCUGUUCUCAGAUUUUAUUAUAAAGACAUGUCUGUAUGCACUAAUGAAAUUUAUUUGCUUUAUUGAAUUGCUUUGUAUUUCUGUUCAUCUGUUUAAGUUUUUGCAGCUCUUCUGUCCUCUUGGCCAUUUUUCCCCCAAGAUGUCAAAACCUUAAACUUUGACUGAAUCUCUCAUCCUACAGUCCCAAUGGUGACCGUGGCAUUUUAUUGUACUCGCUGGCACUAUAUCUAGCUAGUAGUCCCAUAUAGACGAUUGUUCAUAUGAAAUGAAAAUUCAAACUAUAUUUAGCAAUCAUGCUUUUGUGUAUUUUGUGUCAUGAGCACCUCUCUUUUUGUGUGUGUGUGUGUGUGCUGUUUUCAGCACUACAUGACCUCUCAUUCUUUCGGUUGUACUGAUGAAUAUUGAGACUAAUUUCUUUAACAAAAUAAGUCAUUUUGUUGGUUUGUUUCCUCUAAAGAAAAUCUCCACUCUUUUUAAAACAUUUGUUACCACCCAUGUUACACCUUUUAAGGUGAAUCUGGUCAUGUCCUUGUCUAACUUAUUAUUUUAAUUGGUCAAUUUACAUAAUGUCUUGGGCCUUUUUUUAUUAGGAUUUUUAUGAAAGAAGCAGUAAAGUGAAAAAUUGCAACAAUGUGAAAGUUGCACAUAUCGUUUUUCACACUCCCUUUGUCAGACUGUUGGUUUCAGAAUAUAUCUUGUACAUAUCUGUACUAUAUGAAUAUAUCUACUUUUCCAUGCAUGUCCAAGUGGAAUACCGUGAACACUUACAGUGCUGCAGUUUUAAUUAAAGAACCUACAGUUUAUUGAACAUUA